GGUAUAGCAGGAGACUGCGUACUACUUAACAGUGUGUAUAAACUUACGUCUCACUCACGCACGAUGAACACAAUAUAACGGUGGGGACAACUACAGAUUCAACUCCAUUCACUACCGUCACUGCCGUAGAAUACGUGCACAGCACUCCGCGUAACUUCACUGACUUUGCUGGCUUCGGGGUCACUCGGGACUACUCGGGUCCUUCCGUUAUCGUUCGGCGCCGUGACUGUGGCGUUCCGAACACGGCAGAGCAGGGAAGUUUGCACAAGUUAUAAAGCAAAAUAGAAUGAAUUUUUAUUCCACCUGCAUUCAUUAACAUCCAACUACAACUCAGCCACGAAACAUAUGCUCAUUUUAACCAAAAUGUCACAGCACUAAGGAGCUACUAGAGUGUUCUGCUGCUGCUCCAUUCUCCUCAUCGUCGUCGUUGUCAGCUGAACUGGGUCGAGCCACGGCAACGAAAACAGGGUUCGUGAAUUGAUUUCCUCAACGUUGAGGGUAAGUACCCAUUUUUUUCUUCUUCAUGCAUGUUAGACAACAUCAGAAUUCAUAUUGCUUCCCCUGCUCAGACUAAUACAGGCUAAAUAUUGUUAUAACUGAGUAUCAAUCCAUACACAAGUGUGUUUAUGUGUGUAUGAAUAAACUCUAAAAAAUAACUAACACAAACUAGGGGUAGUAUAAGCAUGAGGGCAAAAGAACAACAACAACAACAGCAAAUCAACAAAUCAAUCAUCAACAAUAACGAAUCGAUCUCUAUAUAUUAACAACUAACCUAACUCCAUAAUAUUAAAAACAAACCAACAAAAACAGUGAGGGACUUUAGAAAAACAAAAGCACACCAUCACACUCAAAUGAAAAUUAUGACUCAGGGUCACAACAGUACCCCUUGAAUUUGUAAGACUUAGCAGGUGAAGUAAUGAGUAUAUAUACAAGUAUACGUAUGAGUGAUAUUUGCGUGAUUUCUGCCUUUAGCCAGACAAAUUGUGUCACUUUUGUAACUGACAUUUAAAUGACUCCUUAAGUGCCUUCCUUCACUGUCAAGACCACCUGCUGACACUAAAGGGAAAGAAGACAAGACGCUAGUGGAUGGUAUUUGCUCUUGAAUUUGUGCCUCCAUCUUCAAUGCUGUAAUCCGUCAAUCUAUUACAAGUUGUACUUAAAUGUUACAAUUUGUCCUUUUAUUACACAGUCUAAAAUAAAAAGAAUAAAAAGCACAAAUGUUAUGACAUCUCACUAAUCUUUUUCAUUUUCCACCCUUGUUCUAACAGCUGGUCCUUCUGUUGUUGUGCCCCGACUGACACUCAGACCAACCGCUCAUACUACACCUGAGCCGCCACCCACCGAGCCCCCUGCCUUGGCUUCCCCACUGGCACAGAUAGCAGAUGAGGACAUAAACAGUUGGAGCUGCUCGCAUCAUCAGAAGACUUGGAUGAGGACAGAACUCCAGUCUCUGGGACUGUGGCCUGGGUUCCAACAUAUGCUCAAGCCAGGGCCCGCGCUUUCACUAUGGCGUCUCCCCCCACAGCCUGAACUCAUGGACACGGCGUCAACUCUCCAGUCCCGCAACCUCUUCCAGCUCCAUCCGUUUUUUAUCUGGAAACCUGAGAGCGGCAUAAUGGUGAGGCUGAGGGAUAAUUAUGUACUCCCUUGCCUUCACGGUUGUCCAAAGCCAGACGUUGUCUCAGCCGGUGUGGGAAGGCCUCGAGUGAUUGUCGGCACCAACAGACAAUACUACAUCUUUGCUUCGCGACUUUGCUGCAAGAUGUGUAAGCGGAUGUGAUUUGCCGACAGUCCUCGGUGGCUGGACAAACUGCCAAAGCGCUUCACAAACAUUGUGCCAGCAUUCCUGACUUACAAGAAGGCCUUUUGUAAGUCUGUGCUUCAUGAGCUGAGGCGCACUGGCAGGUCUGUUCUGACAUGGCAAAGCAGGUGAAAAAACUGCUGCAUCUCAAGUAUGAACGAGCUCGACUGGCAUACCUCUGCAGCAUUCAGAACACCUGGGACGCCGAGGGUGGGGUUUGUGGGAAGGAAGACGCGCCACUGUCUUUUGGAGCCUAUGAUGACACGGAUGGAUGGUGUGGAGUCUCUGUCUCUGCCUCCUACUUAUCAGACUGCCUCACUGAUGAGUGCAAGCUCCUGCAGCGCACUUCUGGACAGGUCUUACGCUCUGACCACACCAGGAAGGAUGACUCACUGGUUCCUGUGUCCCCCCCCCCGGCCCGACACCAUCCGCAAACCUGACCCCGUCAACUCCUGCACCUGUGGCCCAGCUCCCCCAGCUUCAACCUGCUGAGAGCCAUAAUGUACAGCCGAUGUCCAAAGGAAGCACGGGACAUCCAGCUAUAAAGGAAACCUCACCUCUGCCACUGGAGACACGGAAGCCGUGGCAAACUGGGGGAAGUGAGACUGUCCAUGUCCCCGUUGUGGUGCUGCCACCAGCCACUGUCAAUCCAGUCGAUCCGGACCAUGUGCCACCUGAAAAGCCAUUGGCAGAGGACAAAGUACAGAAAAUGUUACAGGACAUAUUGCAGCAGCAGCAGCAGUUUCAGCAACAGCUACAACAGGUACAGCUGCCGCGGCAGGAGCAGCAAGAAAAGCCACGGCAGACCAAAACAUGUCGUGCGUGUGGGCAGCCGAUGUCACGCCACCAAAAUGAUGGAUCGUCGAUCCAUCAUUUUUAUCAACAAGGUCCUACACGCUACCACUACUGCUCCACAAAGGUCUUCCAGAGGUACUCUGCAGAGGGCCUGACAGACUCCAGGAUGCCCUUUGAAGCGUUUGCUCAGACCGCAUUCUUUCGGCGUGAGCUGCAGCUGACGAAGGGCAGAGUGGAGGAAAAGGCUGCCAAGAGGAGGAAACUGAUGGAACCUGUGGCUCCUCAAACGCAGGGUAGAAUGUGCCGCUUCUGCCAUACGGCGCUGAAGCAGAGCCCCCACAGCAAACAUAUCCACACGGGGUUUCCUGGAGUGGCAGGUAAGUACAUUUACUGCCCUCUGAAAGUCCUUAACCUCUACAGACCACAAGGUAUGCUGAAAGAAAUGACAUGGAGGGAAUUCCAGGCCUCACCCUUUUAUGCCAUGGAAAAGGAGAGGUGGACAGUGGAGAGAAAAAAAUAGAACAUGUUGGAUGUAAUCCUCUCACCAUAACCCUAACCACAAACACAAGGAACAGAUUUACAGACUUACAUGUUCUGUACAGGUGGACUCUGUCAUUGGUUGUGGGGAAGGAGUGUGUCAAUUGUGUUGUGUGCUUGUGUUGUGUGCACAAUGUUGUUAUGUUUCAUUUUUGAAGGAUAAAAAAAAAGAUUAAACUUG